ACGUGACAUAUGGUGUUUGUCUGUCACCCGGUGAACUUUACCUUUCAAACAGUCACUCAGCAGGUGGGCAGAUUCUCACUCUGGAUGUCUUCAACUUUGUCUGACCUUUGCUGUAUGGUCAUACAGAGUAAAUGACUUAGUGCUACUCAAAGGUAGAUCAGGAUAUCUAUAGGUCAGGGUGUUAAUAAGAGUACCGGAGUGUCACACCCAAGCUGACAAAGGACAGGUGCAUGUGAGGGGAUACUGUAUGUCCUGGAAAUGUAGCCAAGUGGAGAUGUUCUCUGUACCUGCAUAACCCAAUAGCUCUACUCCCAUUUCAUCUGCAACGACCAACUGCUCCACUACAACCGAGGCCUCAAAGAAAGGUCUCCAUUCUAUGGCCAAGGCAUCAUGGGUGUUGCCCAUCCUAUUUCUGCUGGUGCUCCCUGUUCCAUGGGUCUCCCCAAUACCAAAUCAUCACCUCUGUGGCUCCCACCUUGUGGAUGCUCUGUACUUCGUAUGUGGAGAGAGGGGCUUUUUCCACAGCCCGAAACAAAUUCACAAGAGGGAUCUGGAAAACUUGCUCAGGUUCCUGUCUAAAAGGGCCAGACAAGAGCAGCGGCUGUGGAGAAAUUUUUCUGGAGGCGUUGAUUCCAAGGUGAAGCGAGGCAUCGUGGAGCAGUGCUGUCAUAAGCCAUGCGGCAUUUACCACCUGGAAGCCUACUGCAACUGACACACUAACUCCACAUUCAGUACCACCUGUGGAAAAAGGGACGUGACUUUGUUAGAAUAUGAUGCAGCAACAUGGUUUUCUAGGAGCAUUUUUCCAGUGACCGCAAUCCAACAGUGCUCUCUGCUGGCCAACAACAGUAAUGGCCAAUGGGACUCAAAAUGAUUUCACAGCCACAUUAGCAGGUGUUUAAAGAUUCCUUUAUUUACAUUAUGGAACUACGUGCACCCAAUUACAAGCCCCUGAGCUUGCUCUAAUUUACUGCACGGACAGUACUAUAGUAUAACCUUUUUGAACAUGUCUUAGGUAAAAGCUGACAACUACAGUGCUACUAUUUACUUACAAUAAGCCUACUACAGUGAUCCCUCGUCUUUCGCUGUAAAUGGGGACCAGAACCAGCACGAUAAGUGAAAAACCGCAAAGUAGCGC